CAGAUCGAAGAGCUGAGAGCAGAUGAAGAACAGCCCAAAACUCAACAGCCAAAAAAAAGACGCAAGACCAUGCCUUUUGCUCAGCUUCUCACUAACGAUAAAUCGUUGCAUUUGUUGAGAGAAGCGGAGGAGGAAGCAGAAAGAACUGCCAAUGAAAAAAAACAAAAAAAAGAAAUGGCCAUCCAACGACGGAUAGCACAGGAGACUGAGAAAGUGCAGAAGCAGGAAAUUCGCAAGCAAAAGAAAGAGGAAAGGGACCGUAUGAAGAUGGAACAACAACGUAUUAGAGAGGCAAAAUGA